UUCUCCUUUCGGUAUUUUUUAUUUGGUCUGUGUCUUGUAAAGAGUUAGUCAAGCAAUUUUCACAUUUUCUCUCUCGUUUUGUCUCUCUCUCUCUUGGAGAUUCGGCAACUGAGGGGCUAGCAUCGGUUGAGGAAGGGAGUAGACAGUUGAAGGAAUACGAAAUGGCGAAGUCGAGCGCAGACGAUGAGGAGUUAAGGCGAGCUUGCGAAGCCGCAAUCGAAGGCACGAAGCAGAAGAUCGUGAUGUCAAUUCGCGUCGCUAAAAGUCGCGGGAUCUGGGGCAAAUCUGGCAGAUUAGGCCGCAACAUGGCUAAACCUAGAGUCCUCUCUCUUUCCGUGAAAUCAAAAGGUCAGGAAACUGAAGCGUUUUUGCGAGUUUUGAAGUAUUCUUCAGGAGGAGUUCUUGAGCCUGCUAAGUUAUACAAGCUGAAGCAUCUUUCAAAGGUGGAGGUUGUGACUAAUGAUCCAAGUGGAUGUACUUUUACUCUGGGAUUUGAUAACCUCAGAAAUCAAAGUGUUGCUCCACCUCAGUGGACUAUGCGCAACAUUGAUGACAGAAACCGCCUUUUAUUUUGUAUAUUAAACAUCUGCAAAGAUGUGCUCGGUUGUCUUCCCAAAGUUGUUGGUGUAGAUAUUGUGGAAAUGGCACUUUGGGCUAAGGAAAAUAAAGCUUCAGUCAAUACCCAAAGGAAUCUGCAAGAUGGGCCCGUUGCAACUACAGUAAUAGAAAGUGACUUGAAAGUGAGUGUUGAAAAGGAACUUGUCUCACAAGCUGAGGAAGAGGACAUGGAGGCUCUAUUGGGCACUUAUGUAAUGGGCAUUGGUGAAGCAGAAGCAUUUUCUGAACGGUUGAAGCGGGAGCUUCAUGCUCUGGAAGCAGCAAAUGUGCAUGCCACUUUGGAAAGUCAACCUUUAGUAGAUGAGGUCUUGCAAGGGCUAGAGGAAGCAACAAGUUGUGUUGACGACAUGGAUGAUUGGUUAGGGAUGUUCAAUGUUAAAUUGCGACAUAUGAGAGAAGAUAUUGAGUCGAUAGAGACCCGGAACAACAAGUUAGAGAUGCAAUCUGUUAACAAUAAAGCACUCAUUGAGGAACUUGAUAAGCUUCUUGAACGAUUGCGAGUCCCAUCUGAGUAUGCAGCAUGUCUGACAGGAGGCUCGUUUGAUGAGGCUCGCAUGCUUCAAAAUGUUGAAGCAUGCGAGUGGUUAACUGGUGCUUUACGUGGCCUUCAAGUACCUAACUUGGAUCCCACUUAUGCUAAAAUGCGAGCCGUUAAAGAUAAGAGGGCAGAGCUCGAAAAACUAAAAGCUACAUUUGUACGGAGAGCUUCUGAGUUCUUGAGAAACUACUUUGCCAGUUUGGUGGAUUUUAUGAUUAGUGACAAAAGCUAUUUCUCUCAGAGGGGACAGUUGAAGAGGCCUGAUCAUGCUGACUUGCGGUAUAAAUGCAGGACAUAUGCUCGCCUUCUGCAACAUUUAAAGAGUCUUGAUAACAGUUGCUUGGGUCCUUUGAGGAAAGCUUAUUGUAGCUCCCUUAACUUACUUCUGCGUCGAGAGGCUCGUGAAUUUGCCAAUGAGCUUCGUGCUAGUACAAAAGCAUCAAGAAAUCCAACUGUUUGGCUGGAGGCUUCCACAGGCGGCAGUCAAAGUGGGAAUAGUGCAGACACCUCUGCAGUUUCUGAUGCUUAUGCCAAAAUGCUGACGAUUUUUAUUCCCUUACUUGUAGAUGAGAGUUCCUUCUUUGCACACUUCAUGUGCUUUGAAGUUCCUGCACUUACUCCUCCAGGAGCUAUCGCUAACGGUAGUAAAGGUGGAUCCUAUGAUGAUGAUACCAAUGAUGAUGAUCUGGGCAUUAUGGACAUUGAUGACAAUGAUAGUAAAGCUGGUAAAACUUCUGCUGAUCUGCAAUCACUAAAUGAGUCACUACAGGAUUUGCUUGAUGGAAUUCAAGAAGACUUUUAUGCUGUAGUUGAUUGGGCAUACAAGAUUGACCCUUUACGUUGCAUAUCCAUGCAUGGGAUAACAGAGCGCUAUCUAUCUGGCCAGAAAGCUGAUGCAGCAGGAUUUGUACGUCUCCUGCUUGGUGCCCUUGAAUCAAGAAUUUCUAUGCAGUUCAGUCGGUUUGUUGAUGAGGCUUGUCAUCAAAUUGAAAGAAAUGAACGUAAUGUGCGACAAGUGGGAGUCUUGGCUUACAUCCCUCGUUUUGCAACUCUAGCCACCCGCAUGGAACAGUACAUUCAGGGACAAUCACGGGACUUGGUUGAUCAAGCAUACACCAAAUUUGUUAGUGUGAUGUUCGCUACUCUUGAAAAACUUGCACAAACGGAUCCAAGAUAUGCUGAUAUAUUUCUUUUAGAAAAUUACGCAGCAUUUCAGAAUAGCUUGUAUGACCUGGCCAAUGUUGUGCCCACAUUAGCCAAAUUUUAUCACCAAGCAAGUGAAGCAUAUGAACAAGCAUGUACACGUCAUAUCAGCAUGAUAAUAUUCUAUCAAUUUGAACGACUUUUCCAGUUUGCUCGAAAAAUUGAGGAUUUAAUGUUUACAAUUUCAGCAGAAGAGAUACCUUUUCAGCUUGGAUUGUCUAAGAUGGAUCUACGGAAGAUGUUGAAAUCCAGUUUAUCUGGGGUUGACAAAUCCAUUGCAUCUAUGUAUAAGAAGUUGCAAAAGAACUUAACGUCUGAGGAACUGUUACCCUCUUUGUGGGACAAGUGCAAGAAAGAGUUCCUGGACAAGUAUGAUAGCUUUGCCCAACUGGUUGCCAAAAUUUAUCCCACGGAAACCAUCCCAUCGGUUAGUGAAAUGAGAGACCUUCUUGCUUCCAUGUAAAGGGAGAGAGCUUGCCCUGUGUAUAAUCUUCUUGUAUUUUCAAUUUGGAGUAGGGAGCCGUGUUAGCUUUGCUCUUGUUAUAAUUUAUUAUUGUUGUAUUAUAAUAGACAACCCCCCCCCCCUCCCACCCAAAAAAACCGAUAUUUCAAUUUAUUUCAAAGUUACCCAUUAUAUUCAUUCGUUAUCGGACAAGAGUUGAUGUUGUAUCAUGUCCAGUGUAACAUGGUUUGUUUGUCAGCUU